GCAUUCUGCAGUCGACAGAAGAAGACAAAAGCAGAAACAGCACCAUUGCGGUUGCAAAGAAAUUUCAUUCAUCGAAUUUUUAUUAAUUUGGCACUGGUCGAAGUCUAGUUAUUUCAUUUACUUGCCAGAAUAACCAACUGGUGCCCCGUUUGUUUUUGUUUCGCAUCGUUUCAAAACAAACUCGCGGACGGUGCUUAAAAUGUGAAAUUUUUGCGUUUUUCGUUUGGAAAUUGUGUGACGCGGCCAUAUUUAAAAAGAAUUUAAUGUCAAAUAUCGUGCAAAGACGAAGGAGCCCACUCAAAUUAUAUAAAUAGUGUUUGGAAGAAAGCUGCAAUUAAAAUACACCGUGAAGCUCUAGUUAUGAUGGACCGCAAGAAGGUGCUGGAAUUGGACAAAAUCUGUCGUGUAUGCAUUUCGGAACGCAAGGAAAUGCGUCCUCUAUUUAGCGAGAAGGUGCCAGAAAUGCUGAUGGAUUGCACCAGCGUGCGUGUAGAGGCCGUCGAGGGUUGGCCCGACAAAAUCUGCGUGCAGUGCGUCCAUGCGGUCAGUCGGAAUCAUGCAUUCAAGACCCUCGUCGAGCGCAGUGACAAAGAAUUGCGGGAAUAUAUCAAAACUCUGACGGUGCGUCUCGUCCAGGAUGAGUCGCUGACACCGCAGGAGCGCAAGCAACAAAAACUGUUGCAGAAGCAGCUUAAGCAACAACAGCAACUCGAGGAGCAGCAACAAAAGCUGGAGCAAGAGAUUCUCCAGCAACAGCAGCAGUUACAACAACAACAACAGCAGCAACAACAACAACAGACCAAAUUGAAGCCACUCUUGCGCAAAGGAUCUCGACAGUCUAAGAAGCAUUUGGAGGCGGCGCAAUUGAUGCAAGAGCCAGCACCUCCGCCGCCGCCUCCACCGCUGGUUACACAUCAGCAUCAGCAACAACAACAGCAGCAGAUACAACAAAUCCAGCUGCCUACACUGCAACCGGCGCCCACACUGCUGCCCACGACAACAGCACAGCAAAUCCUUUUGCCCAAUGGCCAGUUUAUAACGACGCAGAUUGUGACGCCGCAGCUGGCACAAAUCAUAAGCACAGGCCCGCAAACGACGACGGCGACGACGCCACAACAGGGACAAUUUCUGCCGCAACUGCUGCAGGCCCCAAAUGGCCAAACAUUGCAGAUUGUGCAGCAACCAAAUGGCACACAGACGCUACAACUGGUCCAGCUGGUUCCACAGCGCAGCAUGGCGCCGGUAACAACAACGAAUUGUACGACAGAUAUGUGUACGACGACGAGCAGCGGGGCGUCAUUGGCGGAUGCGGAUGUGCAGCUGCUGGAGGAUGGCGAAAUGGAUGAUGAGGAGCUGGAUGAAGUGUAUGAGCAGCUGGACGGCAAGGGUCAUACAUUUGAGACGAUUGUGCUGGAUGAUGAGCAACAGCAGGAUUUUCUCAAAGAACAUCAGCAGCAUCAUCAUCAGGUGUUAAUUGAUGAGGAUCUCACGCAGAGCGAAACCCAGGAGCACGAACAGGAGCUGGAGCAGGAGCAUGAGCAUGAGCAUGAUGAGUAUUUUGACGAGCAGCUGCUGCAGCAUGAGGAUGGCGUAAAGCACGAGGAUGAGGACGAUGAUAACUUCAUUAUUGAAGAGAUACAGCUGGAUGAGGAUGAUAUGCUCGACGAUGGCGAUGCUGAAGUCGAUGGGGAUGAUAUGACACCUGUGGAUGAUUGUGAGUACAUAACUGAUGAACAGGAUCACGGCGUCCUUGGUGGCGAUGUGGAUGAUGAACUACACUAUGCCAUUAUGGAGCCGCACGAUGGCGAUGUCAGCGCCAGUGACAUUGAGCAGGCCUUCAUCGAUGUCGAUGCGCAACAGCAGCAAAUGCAGGAGCAACAGCAGCAGCAACAACAACAAUCCGUUGAGCUGCAUAGCAUCUCGCUAGAGAAUGCCGUCGUCGAGUUCAGCCAGGACACAUUGGUGGCGCCUGCGUUGCAGGUGAGCAGCACGCCCAGUCCCACUCCUAGUGCAGCAAAGCGUGCGCGUCGUGGUAACCAACAACAGCAUCAACAGGCGACGCAGGCGAAUCUAGUGGAGCAGCCCUGCAAUCAUCACCAGCACAGUCCACCCACAAUAAGCAGCAAACUGGCAGCGGCCAAUUCCCGACAACUAGUACAAACCGCCUCAGUGAUUGCGGCAGCUGGAGCUGAUGAUAAUUACGAGAUUGAUGCCAAUCUGGUAACGGAAUUCAUAAGGCAACACACAUCUCCGCUGGGCUCUGGACGCUACAUCUGUCAUCUGUGCAGCACCGAGUUUCGCCAGUUCAAGGGAUUGCAGAAUCACAUGCAUUCGCACACCAACUGGAUACGGGCCAAUUGCAAGAAGCAACCGCAGUGCGAGAUCUGCCUGAAGAGCUUCAAGGGACCAGGCAUGCUGCGCAUGCACAUGAAGACGCACGACGCCGAAACGAGUACGCCCCUGUGCAAUAUAUGCAAUCGCACCUUCAAAUCCAAAGCGAUCCUCUACAGGCAUCGUCAGACGCAUCAGCAACGUGCCUAUUGCUGUGGUGUCGCCAAUUGCCGUAAGAAUUUCUCGAAUGCGGCCAAUCUGCGCUGGCACGUGGAGCGCAAGCAUCCGGAAUGCGUUGAACCGUUCUACAAAUGCGGAGAAUGCUCUACACUGUACGACAAUAUUGACAGCCUGCAGCACCAUGUUGAGAAUACGGAUCAUGGCAGUAAUAGCGGGGAUCAACUGAUCGCGACGAGUACCAGUGCUGCUUUUAGCGGAGCCGUCAGCAUUGUCAGCAAUGGAACGGAUAUCUCCAACAUGAUUGCCGCUGCACCGAAUGCUCUCGGCGGCCCUGGUGCUCCUGUUGAUACCCAUGCCGUUGUCGUUGGCUCAUCCGGGGAAAUGUAUUUUGUGACGCAGGCGUAGCCAACACAGUUUGCCGCUAUCGGCAAUUCCGAGUGCCUGCUCGGCAUGUAGAUCCUAAUUGUAACAGAUUUUUAUACAUACAUCUAUCUAUCUAUCUAUAUAGUAUAUAUGUGUGUGUAUAUACGUUGUAUAUAUAUUUUUGUACUAGCCUAUAUUCAUAGUUUAUACAUCCAUUGCAAUCCUAGUUGUCUCUGUCAUUGUAGCUUGUUCGUAGUAGUUCCAUCGCUCGUACUCUCGAAUUUAGUACACGGCGAACAUUGUAAAUUAAUAAUCAUAAUAAUAAACUAAUUGCCGUAUAGAUAUAAGUUUUAGGAUUAUGCCAGAAGCCGCAAUGCUUUAAUGAAAUACUAUUUGUAAUUAAUUAAUUGAUAUAUGGCUAUGGACCAUGUGAAGAAAAUCUAUUCAUUGUGGCUAAUAAAUGGUUAUUACCAGUGGCGUCGUUAUAGCCACCUAUUUUUUGGAUAUCGGACUGGAAUUUUUAGACUAAAUUUUUCGGCUUGGUUUUCAUUGUUGGGCAUUAAUUAUUACUAAAAACUGUUUUAAUUGCAAAUAAAACUAAAUAACUACAUUAUAGA